UUAUAAGUAUUAGUUUUUCUCCAUUGAAUAUCAGAGCAGAUUACAGAUGUUUCUCUUUGGAUAUGAUUUAGUGAGUAGAUAAUGAGACUCCAUCAUGGGUUCCACUUGCCACUAAAGAUGUGGCUUCUCAUUUCAUCAGCACACCCGUAAUUGCUCCUUUUUUGUUGUCUAUCUUUUAUUUAUCUGCAUGUUGAGGUUUUUAUUAUUGACAUUCACAUGUUAAUAUUCCUUAUCUAUCGUUUUCCCACUUAAUCUAUGCAUCUUCCAAGUAGCUUCUUAAACUUUCCCAUAGUUUAUGUUUUAGCUGUUGACUAGACUUCUUAGCUUCAUAUGUCCACGUCACAUUUAGUUAAUUGUUCAGAAAAAUCAGCAUCUUAUUGAGCAAAUAUUGAACAAGAGCAGCAGGACAAGUAUCCAUCUUUUGCAUAUACUUUUCUGCUUUUUGAUCUUCAUGAAGUGAUUUAAACUUAAAAGCCACUAAUGGAAGCAUUUCAGUCAGACAUCGCGUUGGCUUUGCUUCAAGAUUUGCUAGAGAGAUUUAAAUCAUUAGUCAUUGAUGAAGCAGGUCAAAUAGUACAGUUUGAUGCAGAGGAUGAACUGAAGAAACUGGAGAGGAAGCUAAAAAAGGCCCAAGUCUUGCUUGGCAGCUUUCAGCUGACAACCGACAAAAAUUGGCAACACUGGAUUGGUGAUGUCACCAGAGUUUGCUAUGAUGCUGAAGACUUGGUUGAUGAUAUAGUGCUUGAUGCCGGCAAAACUUCAUUGUUUGAGAAGAUCUUGUCAUAUUUCACAAGAGGAAGCAUGGCCCGGAAGAUCCAAGAGCUCCAAGAUAGGUUGGAAGAUAUAAUAAGUGGAUUAGACAUGGUUAACAAAACAAAGCAACGAGCACAGCAAUGUUAUUUAGGGGAGUUUGUUUAUGGUAACGAACAAUUACUCCUAACAGAGAAGUUAUUUGGGAGGGAUGCAGAUAAGGAGAACAUUAUCACGAUGUUGCUGGAACAGACAAUAAGCUCAGUAUCUAUUGUUGGCAUGGACGGGCUUGGUAAAACAACACUUGCUCAGAAUAUACUAUAUGAUUCCAGAAUCCAGGAGAAAUUUCAUCAUAGAGUGUGGGUCCGUGUGUCUGCGAAGUUUGAUCUGAGAAAAAUCACAGACUUUAUCUUACAUCGCAGGCAGGAAUGUGAGUACAGCUUUCUUCCUGAGAAAAUACAUGGUUUGUUUCACGAUCUGUAUAUGGGUAAAAGUAUAUUGAUUGUGUUGGAUGACUUAUGGGAUGUGAAGUACAAUGAUUGGAGCUCUUUUCGCUCUUUGUUUCUGCGCUCUUCUGGUUGCAAAGUUCUUCUCACCACUAGCAAUCCAAAUGUAACAACGGUUACAAAAGCUACACCGUAUCAUUUAAAAUUGAUGAAGGAUGAAGAUUGCCAAGCUCUAAUCAUGGAUAGAGUUUUCUCAUCUAAUAAUCUAUCUGAACGUCAGCUUGUAAUCUUGGAGGAUAUUGCUGUAGCAGUUGCCCAAAAGUGCAAGGGCUUGCCUCUGGCAGCCAAUGUUUUGGGCCUCCAUUUAUCUUCUGGGCGUAGAGAUGAUGAAUGGAUGAAUUUUUUAGAUAGAGACAUAUGCGAGUUGAGGGUAUUCAAAGAAGAAAUAUUUCCUGCUUUUAGACUGAACAACCCUUGUUUGGCAUCACACUUAAAGAAGUGUCUUGCUUACUGCUCAUUAUUUCCUCAUGAUUACGAUUUCAAGAAAGAAAACUUAGUUCAGCUAUGGAUGUCAGAAGGUUUUUUUCUGCCUCAAAGGAUGACAAGCCUAGAACAAAUUGGCAGUGAUUGUUUUGAUGAGCUCUUGUAGAGAUCUGUCUUUCAACUUUCACAUGUUGGUGAUCAGGAGCUACCAACUUACAAAAUGCAUGAAUUUAUUCGCAGGUUUGCUGAAUUUGUGGCCUCAGACACAUGUUUCCGGUGGGAGGAAGGUCAGAGCUCUUUCUCAGUUCCUUGGUACAAAACGGCUCGUCAUUUAUCUUUGCUUUCUGAUUGCAUCAAACCAGAGUUCCGUAAAUACAUUGAAAAUUGUGAUGGUCUGAGGACAUUUCUUCUGCUAAGUGCAAAAGGAACACAAAUUGGCCAGUUUCCUUAUUCACUUUUCCAGAAACUAGUACGAUUGCGAGUUCUAGACUUGAGUCGUACUGAUAUUGAUGAGCUCCCGGAGUCAUUGGGUAGAUUAAAGUAUCUUCGGUAUUUCGAUGCAUCUCAGACACAUAUCCUAAGGUUGCCUAAGUCAGUGACCAACCUUCAUCAAUUACAAGUACUCAGAUUGAGAGAAUGUUAUAAACUUCUAGAGUUGCCAAAAAACGUUAAGAACUUGAGUAACCUUCUACAUCUUGACGUGGACAUUAAAGGAUUGAGGUGUAGACCAGCAAGUAUAGGAAGUCUAAGUUGCCUUAAAACACUUCCUUCCUUUGCUGUUUGUAAGAAGGUAGGAUAUCGCAUUGCAGAGUUGAAGAAUCUGAAGAAUCUAUGUGGUACAAUUUGCCUUAGUAAUCUUGAAAACGUUAAGGAUGGGGCAGAGGCCAGGGAAGCGAUGAUAUGUGAUAAGCCAUAUAUCAAAAGCUUGGAAUUAGAAUGGAGCCGUUUUUCUCGAGAUGGGUCAAUAGAGAUGGAUGUCCUUGCUGGCCUUCAACCAGACAAAAAUUUGAAAGAACUGCAAGUAAUCAACUAUGGUGGUUCGAGCUUUCCUGCUUGGCUUACAAGCCCAUCUUGCAUGCUUGUGAGUAUCUAUAUGCAAAACUGUCGGCAAGAUGACUUUCUGCCUUCACUUGGGCAACUUCCUUUCCUCAAGACACUUCAUGUUGAAGGUAUGCAUAGCGUGAAGUAUGUGGACUAUCAUUUUUGUGGUGAAAGUACAACUGGGGCCUUUCCUUCCUUGGAAUCACUGAAGAUCCAGGACAUGAUGUGCCUUAUGAGUUGGUAUCCAUUACCAGACAAUAGCUUGCUCCAGCUCCGUGAUCUUACAAUUGAGGAUUGUCCAAGUCUCUUCUCAAUGCAAUCGCUAAAACAUAUGAGUUCACUACAAGAACUAGUGAUCAACUGUUGCCCAGGGCUGGAGACAUUGCCUCAGCUACCAGGAUCAAUUCAGUCAUUGAUCAUUUUCGAAAGUGAUAUGGUGAAACAGCGGUGUCAGAUUGAAGAAGGUCCUGAAUGGAACAUCAUAAAAACAAUUCCUUAUGUGGAGAUUGACUACGAGAGUAUGUUUCCUGGAGAUUCAAGUUAGUGUCUCUCCACAUCAUGUAGUCUGUUUUUGCUGACCAUGACUCUUGGCAGUUGUCACCUCCGCACACACCCAAAAAAGAUAUAAUACAGUCGAUAUUAUCUUUGAUAAUGGUAAAAGUAUUAGAUCAAUAAUUAUCAAAUCAAUGUGCUCUGAAGAUCAGCAACUUAUUGAAAUUUCUGAGUGAUCCAUUGAAUUUGUUUCGUGUAAAACUGCCGAUUGUUUUGCAAUAAGAGGGCACAACUAUGAGAGAUGUUUCAGGGGAUCAAUGGUAUUGAACUGAUGAAAGCUAAAAACAAGGUAAGAAAGUUCAUAGCUUAGAGGCUUAUGGAGGGUCCAUGUUGAACACUUAUCGUGCACAUGUGAAUUGUCCUAGGAACAGAGAGAAUUGUUCACAACUUAUAAGCUUGAGGAGCUACUCCACAAUACUUUUUAGAUUGAGCCUCCUUUACGAUUCAGGAUUACUAGCAGAUCCAUCAUCUAUUUGUGAAAAUGCAGGAAUGAGGACACUUCGAAUGCAGAGUGGCAACAUAUAAUAAUGACACGAUUUAGCUUUCUUUUACAAAUAAUACUGUAUUCAUUUAGAUGUGAAAACUUAUGAUUUUCAAGCCUUGCAGAGUUACAGUUACAGGGAUUUCUGUUUCUUAUUCUGUCGUUUGUUACAUGUAUUAUUUCAAGCCCACAAUUUUAAUUUUUAAUGCUUUAAUUUCACAAGUAGUGAGAUAAGAUCCAACAAGUGAUGGAGGCUGUAUUAUGUGUGAACAGAACUUUGAGGGAAUCAAUGUUGGGAUGUCCAUGCUUA